GCUGAACUGUGUGACUGGAGCUGUGUGUUGGAUAUUGAGUGUGUUUAUUGGAAGCAUUUCCCUCUGAUUUCCAGGCUGAGUUUUGUUGCUGGCUCAUUCCUGAAUAUGGGAAGAAGGAUUGCACUGUACUACACCAGAGAAUACAGAGUGGAUAGACACUGCAGAUAGAUUCUGACCAUCGCCCAGUGAACAACUGCACAACUGUGGAAAGACAUCCAGUUCUUUCACAGCAUUGCUCAACACAGAGAAGGUUGGGCAGUGAAACCAUCAUCUGGAAAUUGGUCAGGUCAGGGAAACUUUGAUUUAUCAUCAGAUCUAAAACUGGUCAGUGGUGGGCAGCCUUCGAUCAGAACCAGCCUUUCUGAAGGUUUGCCUGUGGGCGAUCGGUAUGACUGGCUCGAAGUGUGGUGAGAGCUUCAAUCAUUCAUCGCAUCUCAUGAACCACUGACUCAUUCCUACAGGUGAAGGCCUAUUCAAUUAUGAGGUGAGUGAGGAGGGCCCCACAGGUUCCUUGGCUAAGAUAUAUCUUUUAGACACACGAUUAACACACAGACAGCUACAUGGAAGAGAAACCAUUCAAAUGUGAGAUUUGUGAUAAAUCUUUCAUGACCUCCACAAGGCUCCUGACACACCAGAUGAUUCACACUGGGGACAAACCCUUCAGGUGUGAGGUUUGUGAGAAGGCUUUCACUCACUCCUCCCAUCUCCUGAGGCACCAGAGAAUUCACACAGGGCAGAAACCAUUCAUGUGUGAGAUCUGUAACAAAUCAUUCUCAGACUCAUCAAACCUACGCACACACCAACGCAUUCACACAGGGGAAAAACCAUUCACAUGCAAGGUGUGUGACAAAGCAUUCUCAGACUUAUCGAAUCUACGCAGACAUCAACGGAUUCACACUGGGGAGAAACCAUUCAUAUGUGACAUUUGUGAUAAAUCAUUCUCAGAAUCAUCACACCUCUAUGGGCACCGACGCAUUCAUACAGGGCAGAAACCAUUUCUAUGUGAGGUGUGUAACAAAUCAUUCUACGAUUCAUCAACUCUGCGCAAGCACCAACGCAUUCACACGGGGGAGAAACCAUUUGCCUGUGAGACAUGUGACAAAUCAUUCUCGCAGUCAUCAGCACUUCGCAUCCACCGUCGUUUUCACACAGGGGAGAAACCAUUUACAUGUGAAGGCUGUGACAAAUCAUUCUCGACAUCUUCUCAACUCUGUACACACCAACGCAUUCACACUGGGGAGAAACCAUUCAAGUGUGAGAUGUGUGACAAAUCAUUCUCAAGGUCAUCUAACCUCCUACUACAUUGGAGACUCCACACAGGGGAUUAGCCUUCAAGUAUGAAGUUUAUAGUAAACCUUUUAUAACAUCUUUAACCCUCCUGAGAGCUCAAGAGAUCUCCUGAACUACCAGUGUAUUCACACCAGACAGAAAACAUUCGGGGAUGAGUCUUUCACACUGUCACCAUAUCUCCUGGCCCAUGAACAGUUAUAAAUGAGAGAAACCUCUCAGGGUGAAUUCUCUAAUAAACUUUAAUAUGAUUCUUGGACCUCCUGUUACAUCAGUGAACCCACACAGGAGCAAUCUAGUCAUGUUCUUGCUAAGGUGUCCUCAGAGUGUUUACCUGUACCCAGUCUCAUUGUGCAGGAUGUUCAGUGGGACUGGGACACAGAACAAGAAGCAGCUUUCACUCCCAUCAAACAACUAGUGAUGACAUCACCAGUGCUGAGGGAUUAUGAUGUAACAAUGGAGUGACCCUGCAGUGUGAUGUCAGUGAAACAGGACUUGGAGUAACCCCCAGGCAGUGAGGACAACCCGCUGUGUUUGUAUCCAGAGGGUUUACACAAACUGAACAACACUACACA